AUGAGUUGCAUUUCUGUUCAGAAACAUGUCAAUUAUGGAGAGGUGAUUUUAAUUGUGGGAGAUUGUCACAAGAUAUAAUGGAAUGUCUAGAAUGGAAUUUAAAUGCAAUGGAAUUAAGAUGAUAUUUGGACUGUCACACUGGACUCCUGUUGUCUGCCUAUGAACUAUCGUUACGUAGUUGUUAAGUAAGUCAGCAGACAGAUUGUAGAAUGGGAAGAUGGAAUCACCAGAGUGUUCAAUUCUCAUCAAGAUGUCCAGGAUAUUUGGGGUCAUAUUCGCAUAUCACUCAAACUCAUGAACUAUCCUGAUUCCAACUUAACUCUUCAUCUCUACACCUAAACUGGAAGACAUAAGAUCCCACUUAAUAGAGUUGAGGGAGAAUGCACAUCUAAUUUCCAGGUCCCGAAUAAAUCUAUUCAUUAAUUGGCUUAUAAAUACCAAUCCAACGAAAAGUGGGAAAGAAGUGGUGUCCGUGUGAUCCAUUCCCACCCUAUUAUCAAUAAUGUCAUUCAUGUGACUGACUCUAAUGUAGAUUUCAACUUUAACUGUAAUCGUAUUUUUGGAAACCUAUACGUUGGUUCAUUUAUUUAUAUAGAGUAAUUAAUAUUGUAAUAUAUUUUAGUGAAAUCCGCAUUCUAUAAGAUUUUGGUGUAAAUGCCAUACUCAACUUACAGACCGUUGAAGAUCUGAUUAACAAGGAUCUGCCUGAAGAUUAUUUUGAUGAACUCAAAUCUCAAAGUCAAUCUUUAGGUAUCACAUAUCUACAAUGUCCCAUAAAAGAUUGUAAUAAGAGAUCCUAUCUCUAAUAUGGACUUCACGCUUACUAGAUCCUCAAGAAACUGUUGGAUCAAGGGAAAUGCGUGUAUGUACAUUGCACUGAUGGGAUUCAAAGGAGUGUUCAAACUAUUAUACUCUACAUGGUUCAGGAUUUGCAUUACUCUCUCGAGUAGGCCAUCGAAUUAGUUCAAGGCAUUAGACCAAGAUCGAAGCCGAUUCGUGAAGUACUAUAAACAAUUCUGAACCUUUGA